GUGCUGCCGGCGCGGCGGGACGGCCCCGGCGGCCGCAGGAGCCUUCCCCCGCCCGGCCGCGGCAGGGUCGGGCUGCCCCGCACCGCCGAGCAGCAGCGGCCGGAGAUGGUGCUCAUCACGCUGAAGCCUCAGACACCCUCGGCUAGGGAGCAGCCUGGCCAAGGAAGACAGCGAGGGUUUGCAGUCUGACCCGCACAGCUGGUGGGGCGAUGAAGCUGAAUGAGCGGAGCGUGGCCCACUACGCCACCUGCGACUCGCCUGCCGACCACACCGGCUUUCUGCGCAAGCGGGUGGAGCGGCACCACCACCAUGGCACCUCCUACCAGCGCCGCUGGUUCGUCCUCAAGGGAAACCUCCUCUUCUACUUCGAGGAGCGGGAGAGCCGGGAGCCCGUGGGGCUGGUGGUCCUGGAGGGCUGCACUGUGGAGCUGUGCGAGGCUGCUGAGGAGUUCGCCUUUGCCAUCCGCUUUGAUGACGCUGGUGCCAAGGCUUAUGUGCUGGUGGCUGACGGGCAGGCUGCUAUGGAGGCCUGGGUGAAGGCACUCUCACGGGCCAGCUUCGACUACAUGCGGCUGGUGGUGAGGGAGCUGGAGAAGCAGCUGGAGGAGGCCUGCAAGAGCUUGGCUGCUUGCCGUCAGUCUCCAAGGAGGUCCUCCUCCUCUGGCAGGAAGAGGCAUCUCUCCAACCCUGCCUUGCAGCCUCUCCAGGAGAAGUCCACCACCCUGGAGAAUGGCUACUCCACAUGGAGUAGUGGUGGCUGUGUCACCGGUGGAGCUACCUGCUCUGACCACGAUGGGGGGCAAACAAAGCCCCCGCCCCUGCCUCCACGCCGGCGCUCGGCUGCCAGCAGUGCCACAGGAUCCCCAGCACCUGGCCUCUCACCAGCCAUGCUGGAGAGCCCAGUGCCACCGGAAACCAUCUGCUUCUCCAAGCUGCACAAUUGGUACGGGCAGGAGAUUGCAGUGCUGAGACGGGAGUGGCAGGAGAGGCAGAAGAGGGGACACCCGUGACUGGGGGCACAGGAUACAAGUCACUGGCCAGCUGAUGCCUGGCAGCCUGUCCUGCAUGCAGGAGGAGUGAAGUGAGGGACUCUGCUUGACCCCUGCCCUCCUGAGUGGCUGAGUGUGCAAUGUGUGUAUGCUUCAUUUGGGAGGGACUCAAAUCUCCUCUAAACCUCACAUUUCAUUUCCAUGAGGCUUUAUACAGCCGGGGAGUGUGGAACACCAGGGGAGCCACCUUUACUUAAACUCUCUCUGCUGGAAAUAGGAGCUGCCCAAAUCAGCACAUAAGCAAUGAACCUCAGCCAACAGGCUUGGCCACUUGCUGUCCUGACAUAGUGGAUGCUCCGGGUGAUUCACCCCUACCUCUCCUUCACCACUUUUUUUUUGUUGUUGUUGUUUUGUUUCUCAGUGUGGAAGUUUGCUUUUGGUCAGCGUUUAUUGCCGUCUGUGGUCUUGUGCCAAAGUCCUGCCUUUGUUCUUUUGUGGCAGAUAAGGCUGGGCUCUUAUGAAGUGCCUCUGACAGGCCACUGGCCCCGGCGCGUGCCUCCAGCCUCGUGCCUCUCUCACUACAGGACGUGUGAGCCACUGCAGCUGUUGCUGGCCCAGCAGCUGGGGCUUUUGCAUAGUUAUUUUAAUUUCAUCUGCACUAACCCUUCCUUCAGCUAAGUCCUUCAGGAUGUGGAUAUCGUGGUCUUGCAACUGGCUCUUUAUGUGCUCACACUCAGCAGCAAGCCUGAAAUGGAGACACAGAGCUUGGCCUGAAGCCUCAGAAGGACACCAGGAGCACCCCAGGGCUGAUCUGGACUCUGUUAAGCAGUAACCAAGCCUGCUAAUAUCUCUGGCUCAAGGUUUCCCUGUUUCUAUACAGGGAUGCUAAAGCCUCUUUACCUGGGCAGGAGUAAAUUUCUCAGCCUUUGUUUAGACCACAGCCCCUGCAAAGUGCCAUAGAGGACUCAGUCAGCUCAUCGGGCUGCUUGUCCAAGAGGGUGUCCAGAGCCACACUCCUGCAGGGCCUCUCAGUGCUUGGCUCUGCCCAGAUCCCGGCAGUGCUGUGCAGUUGAAGGAGAGGCUUUGAAGGGCGGGGAGGGAGAGAGGCCUGGUUCAGGAGGAGAAGUGAAGGUGUGGGAGUGAGUUACGGGUGUUGGCAGUGUCCAGGCUUGCCUCUCCAGUGUCAAAGACAUGUUGUUGCCUUCUACCAAGCCUGCACCUGGCCUGCCAGCGCUUCCCUCUGAUUUCAUGUCAGCAUUGCUUGGCUAAUCUCUGCAGCACAUCCUAUCCUCCCAGCGGGCUGGGAGGGCUGCAGGGAGGACAUGCCUGUCACCUCACAAUGGAAACAGACUUGUCCAUCAUUAGGUCAGAAGCCUUGGCCACAAGGCACACGGUACAAGUGUAGGUCAGUGCCAAGUCCAGGGACUUGGAAUGGGGUUUAAAAAUCUCCCUUAUCUAGUUGCAUACUUCCCAUCUGAAAACAUUAAACCUUUUUUUAUUGUCCUUUUUUAUUAAAGAGCUUUGCUAGGAAAGCAAAAGCCCAUUUCAGAUCAUGACUGGCUGGAACCUUUCUGGAUUUAAACACACUCAGCUUCCCACUUUGCCAUAGCCUGUAGAGAUAGCCAAUGCAGAAGUCAAAUGAAUUCUGUUAACUCUUGGUGCCUUUUAAAGUAUGUCUCUGGUAGUUUUGGAGAUGAGCUUCCAGCCUCCUGACUAAUUAUAGCUUGAUGGUAUAUUAGAGGAAAUCAGAUCUUAAAUUAGAUCUUAAAAAUGACUUUAGGCAGUGAGAAUGUAACCUUCACUUGUGAGUAACACAAUCCAGUCCUCUCCAGUUCGUGGCUGUAUUACUUCACAGCAACGGUCUUCCAGUUUGGGAGGAUUAUUUUUGUUCGGCUUUUGUGGAAACAGUUCUGAAAAACUGGGAGCAGGUGGCCAAGAGGCAAGGCCCUGGCUUCCUCAGCAGCUUAGCUGGUUGGACGUAGGGGCCAUUUGUGCCUCCCUGUCCUGCUGCUUGAAAAGUUCAGUAGUGCAGCAUUUCUGGUGGCAAAUGUGUCCCUUUUCCCAUGCCAGGACAGCAGCAUCAGGGGAUUGCACUACCUGGUGCCUCGUUGCUCUGAGCAUGGGUAUUUUGGGACCAAGGUCAAAUUUGUCAAGCAUUUUCCUGUGGUUAUAUUUUUUUAAUGUAAUACAGAGAGAAUAUUCCUGAUGUCUCAGAUUAACAUAAGGCAGAUUGACAGUAAAGACUCAACUUGCAAAACAAAUCAAAAGGUAGUGGCAGUUCCUACAUGAGACCCAAGAAUUGGGAGUGACUUGAAAGGGAAGAUAAAUUAACAAAGCCAGUUCUGUCAGAACUGAAACUGAGACAGUAUUAUUCAUUUAAGGGCAGUUUCACUUUUAAGAAGCUUAGUGUGUUUUAAUAAGCCAGGAUUGUGCUCGUAACACUACUAAAGAGCUUAUAUUUAAUGCUUUAAUCUGUCCCAUUCAAAUGGCACAAUUUCCACGCUACCUAGCUUUGCGUUAGCCCAUAUCCCAGCUAAAUCCCAAAUCCUGCAAAUGAGGCACUGCGCUCUGCUUUCCAUCUGAUCGUGUUUGGAAUCAUUCUGUGUUCUAUUCUGCAGUGCUGACAAGAAAAUGGCUGAAUCUCGAUCCACAUUUUUGCUCAGCCCAGCCAUCCAUGCCUAGCCUUUGCUAGGUCUCCAAAGCACUGCGUGGCUUUGGAUAGGCUUGAUCAAGGUUUCCUCAACAUCCCACUGUUGUAGCAGCCGUGUUGGAGCCUUGCCUAAAUUUGUAGAGGAGUACAGGUUUUUCAAUGACCUCUGCCACUUGCUUCAUUAGGCAGGAAGCACCUGAGUGCUGCACUGCCUCCUCAGAGAUGGAGGCUAUCGAGCCAGCCCAGCUGAAUUGCUUGUGCUGGCAGUGCCUUCGAAGCAGCCCCCAGGCAGGAGGCCAGGAUUUCAGCUGGCUGAUGGAGCAGAGAUUGUUACAGGGAAGGCAGAGAGUUUUCACUGCACAUUAUCCCUGGCAGCAGAAUAAGGCUGAGUGCCACCCAGGGUUUUUCUCCAGUCGUUCAGGUUUGGACUGUUUCACCUCCUGCCUCCACUUUCCCUUUUUAUUUUUAAAAAUAGAGAAUGUCUGUCUAAACAGGUUCCUAGGCAAGGGGGGAGCUGACACUGAAGUUGAAUGGGUACUUUUCUUAAAGUACUGAAGUAAGAUCCUUCUCUAGAAGUUUUCUUUAGUGCACAAGCGAUGAGAGGAAGGUGCUAAAUUUUUAAAGAAAUUUAAAGAUGAAGGGCAGUUCUGACAUGGCCUUUGUGAGCUGUGCCAGGAAGGGCUCCCAAUCCUGCUAAAAUAGUUGGUUAAAUUCUUACAUUUUUCUGAGGCUGGCAUUUCAGAUUUGAGCUCGUGAUACAUAAUUUCUGCACUUUUUUUUUUUUUUUUUUGGUACAACUGUGCUGUUUUCCACUGAAUCCAGGUGAAGAGUAACCCGAAGGUUUUACCCGUGGCCACUCUUAGCCGUGUGGUGGACAAUCAUGACCAAGAUCAGGCGUUUUGUGUUACAGUAGCUACUGCACUAAUAGUGCCUGGGGUGCUACCCCUCAGUGUUACCUCUCUCGGCUGCCUUUGCGGAGAAGCUGAAAAAAAAGCCCCACUGAAAUGCACGGGGGCAUCUUUCACCAGCAGCACCAAACCUGUAUUCCGCACAAUUACCGCACAAUUACCUGGAAAACACUACGAGCGACUCCUGCCUUUCCGAGCGCUUCUAUUUUAGGUAGGGCGUGUUCCCUUUUUUAGGAGAUGGUUUUGCAUGCGCCUCUGUUUUACACGCGGAACUUGUAUUAUACCUUGCAUUACAUUGUUUAUAGAGUUUGUUUUACACGCGGAACUUGUAUUACGCAUCCCAUUACAUUGUUUAGAGUUUGUAUUUUAUGCCGCGAAGCUGAAUAAACCGGUUUGAUUUGUA